UGAAUAGAUCUCGAACACGAGAUCUCUUUAAUGUGUUGUUGUUGUGUUGUCCAUUGAAGAGAAGUAUUCAGUGAGUUUGUCGGUUUUUCGAUGAAAAGUAAGAUGGUAGUGGAUAGUUCGGAGUGAAGGGUGAAAUUGGUUCUACGAACUCUAACGAGGAUUUCUUGUUGGUGUUAAAAGAGAGAGAGACAGAGACAGACAGAGACAUAGAGAGAGAGAGAGAGAGAGAGAGAGAGAGAGAGAGAGAGAGAGAGAGAGAGAGAGAGAGAGAGAGGGGCUAGAGAGAGAGAAAGAGAGAGAGGGAUGCUGCGAUCGAUGGCAUCGAGGCGCCUAGCAGCCAGGCCCUGAGCUCAGCCCCAUCAUCCUCCCAGCCUUCCCUCCUCUCUACCCCCUACCCCCCUCCCACCCUCCCACCCGCUAGAUUCUGCAGCACGAGUCGACAAAGUACGACGACGUACGAGUCGUUUGUGUGCAGUAUGCACCGGGCACUUGCGCGUCGACUCCCGCGCCCAUCUCCAGCGCCUCAUCGACUCCAGCUCGAAUCUCGUGUAAGAGAGUCACCGAGAUUCGAUCGUGGAGUAAGGAUAGGAUUCGCUAGUGACGAUUUUUUUUCAUCGUUGAAAUUUAUUUGUGAAAAUUGUCGGUCAAACCAGAGACUCGCACGGUCUUUCUGUUCGCUUCUCUUUUUGUUUGUCCGUUUGCCUGCUUGUCUCUUCCUUUCUCUCUUUCUCUCUCUUUCUUCCUCAUUCUAUCUAUAUUUCUCUAUCUCUAUCUCUUUCUCUCUCUCUAUCUUUCUUUCUCUCUUUCUCUCUCUCUCUCUUUAUCUCUCUCUCUCUCUCUCUCUCUUUCUAUCUAUCGUGAUCGAGUGUGGUGAACGAGUGUGAUUGAAGGUGUUGCUGGCGUAGAUGGUGUUGUUGCCGGUGUUAGCACCGGUGGUGCGUUAGUUAUGAUUAUGGUUACAGUGGCGGUGUCAUCGGUGGUGGGUGGUGCUCCUCUCAACGUGCGAAAACCGGGAAUUGGUAUAUAGCUCGAGCACACUAUGCUGCCGUCGAAUCGGACAACGUUCUUCAAAUUGUCACUGUGAUGCUCGACCUACUGGCGGAUGAUUAUGGAGAUAGCCGAUGUCGGAGGUGGCCAGGUACGAACAGGACUGAUCUUCCUCUUCCUUAUAUCGGUGAUCCUGAUCAAGAGGACUACUGGUUCGAACGGCGGCACCUGCGGCCUUGCGGAAUUGACUUGUCGAGAUGGACAUUGCGUACCGAUUGAUGCCUAUUGCAAUGGUAAAAACGAUUGCGGAGAUGGUAGCGACGAACCAACGCUUUGUACUCCAUGCAACCGCACUUAUCACGGCCAGGAGGGUCGUACCUAUCAUUUGGAGCUUUCUAGACCAGCUGAAACGCGUCUUCCUUUUCUUUGUCACCUGACCUUCACUGCGGCUGGCCGAGGUUACGGGGAACUCGUUCAACUUCUUUGGGAUUCUUUCAGCGUAGGACGUCUCGAGCCAAACGCCGAAUAUCUAUCGGCUAGUUGUCCCGAAGGAUCUUUGCAAUUAGCCGAAUUGGGCAGACACUUUACAGGUGGAUUUUGGUGCGGCGGUGGAGAAAAUCGUGCGACUUAUUACAGCGAGACCAGUACGGUCACCGCCUCGAUUCGUCUGUUUCACGCACCACCCUCUGUUCCAUUUGAAUUCCGUCUUAGAUAUCGUUUCGUUUCACGAAACGAUGCCGUGGCACGUCUAGGAAAACCGGAUUAUCCUAUCGAGAGAGGCUCGCCUGUUCCAGGAACCUACUGCUCCAGAAACUUUUACGAGUGCCACUUGAAACAAUGUCGUCUCCAAAGUCCAAAUUAUCCAGGAGAAUAUCCAAGAAAUGCGAGCUGUAUGAUUACACUCCGUCAAAAGGAGGUACCAACUUGCAAACAUGCUAUGAUAUCCGUUAAAAACAGUCCAACCGGUCCCACUGGAUUAACAAGCUCCAAUGCGUCGCUCAGCAUUUGGCAAGAUUGCACACCUGAAAAAGAUCGACUAAUCUUUCACGACGGCUUGCGUACCGAAGAUCCAAUCCUCCUGAUCUACUGUGGUGGUCCUUUACCAAGAGUCAUUGCCAGAGGACCAAAUAUGCUCGUCGAGUUUAGAAGUUCACCGAUUGCCAUUCCUUUAGGAGCGUCGGCAUUGAGACUCGAAUUGGAAGUUCAAGUUAUCUAUGUGGACUCGGAUGGUCUGGAUUAUGCCAGAAACUCCGAAGGAUGUCAUUUCUUUGUCAAUGGUACAGCCAAAAGGAGCGGCACGUUAAGAGCUCCGCUUCACGCACUGCCACCAAGUUCCAGCUGUACGUGGAACAUAAAAGGAUCAGCCGGUGAUCGCGUAUGGAUAUAUUUCUCGUCCUACUCUCAAAGGGAUUUAACAACGAGUACGGAAAACAAUGCUAGCACGCAAUCGGAUUCGAUGUGCGGAGUUAAGUUAUUGUUUUGGGAUGGAUCUCCGUUAACCGGACUUCCUAUGGUCACACUUUGCGACAGUACACCUAAACUUUGCGCACAUGCGGCCCUUAGAAAUGCUACGAGAAGUACUAGACCUUGCACAGAGGAUGAAAGUUAUCUCACGAUUGCACCUAGCUUAACAUUGCGAAUGGAAACUGUACUUGGAACUGCUCUUCACAAUGUCAACUUUCAGGCUCAAUACGAAUUCAUUUCAACGAUUCAAGUUGGUGAACCAUGGGGAGACGGUGUUUGUAGCAGAGUUUGGCGUAAAGUUCGAAGUGGUGAUGUGACGUCACCACGGGAUGUUCGACUUUUCGGUAGAGGUGGUUCCUCUAAAUUGGAUUGCAAAUAUAGAAUAGAAGCUGGAGUAGGCGAAAGAGUUAGAUUAACGUUGCACAACGUUAGCCUCGGUGAAGCGACAUCCUGUAUCAGCGAACCGGACCCACAUACUGGUAGACCACGUUGCGUACACGAGAUCGGUUCAAGAGAGGCUCGACUGGUUCUUUACGAGGCACCGUGGCGUGACGUCAAACUACCUAGAGCUUGUCUUUGCGAUAACACGUCUAAUCUCCCGUUGACCCAUAUCUCAGCUGGAAGAGCACUUGAGAUCACGUUCCUGGUAGAUCAGCAGGCACCUCACGAAGACUUCGAGACUCUCUUCUUCUACGCCAGUUUCGAGUUGGUGCGUUCACCGGAGUGCCCAAGAAAACAGAGAGUUCGCGGCGAAGGUGGCGAGUUAAGAUUCGUUGCUCCGCCCUUAUCAAGACCAGAUAUCUAUUGCGAAGGUCUUCCAUGGUUAGUCGAGGCUAGAGAAAAUAGAUCGCUAUUUGUAUUAACGUGGGGUUGGUUCAUGCCAUUAGAACCUGCACCGGUAUCCGAAUCGAGCGAUGCCAUUAAAUGUCCAACGUCUAACAGGAUCUUAUUGUAUUCCGGUUGGCCACCCAGAUUGUUGAAAGUGGUUUGUCCAGCUGAACCUGGUGCCAGAGAGUUUACCGUUCAUGUGUUUUCUGAAGAAUGGUUAGGCGGAGGGGAAGGGAAAUGGCCUGGGCCACCAAGGCCACCAGCACUUUUAUUGGAUUUUGUUGCCAGAGAAUCCGGUCAAGCUGCAGCUUCUUGGUUAGAGAUUUCUAAGAGCAGAGCUGCCUUACGCAGACAGUUACGUCUUCCAGAAAGAGGACCGGAGAACGAGACCGUAUCUCAGGGAGAUUGUCCGCACAAAUGUCCCGAACUUGGUGCUUGCAUCGCUGCCAGCCUUUGGUGCGACGGCAGGCCACACUGCCCGUCCGGUCACGACGAAGCCAAUUGCGGAAGCGGCGCUAGAUUAUUAGGGUUAUUGCCGCCGGCUUUGUGGCUCGUCGUUGCCGGAGUUACCGGAAUUGUCACUGCCUUUGCGUGCCUCUUCGCCAUACUGAUCAGCAGGUCCAGGUUACGCGCGAAACGACUUCGUUAUAAAGGAACGAUGAAGAAUAGCAAGCCGAGACGGGCGCCGACGGAAGAGACCCUUUUGGGUGCGGCAUCCUGACAUCAGCAACCCGGUUUCGUGGAAUAUAUCCACGUUGACCGGGAAACUACCGUUUAGUAGCGAUACAACAUACCUACACGUUCUGUGCUUCACCGUCCAUUAACCAAACUUGAUACACUUCCUUAAGUAUUCACGGAGCGAACUGGUUCAGUGUCAUCUAGCUCCUUCAUAAUUUCACUUCCUCAUAUCUCUUUCUAUCAUUCUGUCUUAUCUAUCUGUCUCUGUCUCUCUUAUAAUCGAAUAGAUAUUCUUUUCUAAUAGAGAAUUAAUAAACAUUUCUUCUCUCGUUUAUUUUAUAAUCAAAUUAUAUCGAUAGUACACUAUUAAAAUUUGCAAGGUUUUUGUAGAAAUUAUUAGCUCGAUUUCUAAGAUCGUUUUUAUUGGGAAAACAAGUUUUUUUUUUUUUUUUUUUCAACAUAUUUUUAUUUCCAUCUCCGUGUAUUACGAGUAACUUUAACGAUAUCCAACUGCCGAAAUAAUAAUCAACGAGACUUAUGCGAUUUACGAAGAUGUGAUAUUAAUUAAUGAAUUAUUAUUGUUCUUUUGUAUUUUUCUUUUUUUCUUCUUUUUCUUCUUUUUCUCUACCUUCUUCUUCUUUUUUUUUUACAUCGGAAAAAUAUGUUCGUUCACGGUCACCGUGUUUUCUUUUUCUUAUAUAUUUUGUUUUAUCCUUUUCUUUCGAUAAGACGUUUGUAUGAUCUAAAAUUUGGGAAUAUAAUUACGUAGAAUAUUCUUUUUUAUGAUUUUAAUAUCAUAGUCCCUUCUACCUACUCCUAAUUCCUCACGUGACGGUGAUACACUGAAUAAUUCUUGUUAAAAUAAUCGAUUGAUUUUCUUCUUUAUAUCAUACUUAUAUUAACUGCAACGUUUGUACAAUUCUAGUCGAAGGAAUUGAGUUGUUCUCAUCUUCUUUUUCUCUAAAAUUUUCAAUUUUCCCUCUUCUUUCUCUUUCCUUUCUUUCUUCUUUUUCCUUUUCUUUUCUCAUCUUUUUCUACACGUACACACACACGCACACACACACACACACACACCUUUCUCAUAUUAUAUAUUCCAGAUUCCUUUUUAAAGACUUUUAUAAGAUAGAAAAUAAAAAAGACACAUGCCUAAAAAUAGUAGUACACGGAAAGGAAAGAUGUAUUUUUAAAAAUCUUUUUCCAUUUUUUUUUUUUUCGAGAUCCAGUCUCCGCAUAAUCUCUUAUCUCUCAGAUGUAGCGUACUAAAUAUGUAUUUAAAAAACAAAAAUAAAUACGUACACAUUCACAGACAUACACAAACACACACACACACACACAAAUAAAUAAAAAAUAAAUAAAAAAAGAACAAGGGUAUCGUGCAAGGACCGAAAGUGAAUCCGAAAAAAAGUAGCACUCAGGUGAAUCGCAAACUCUAUAUAUAUUUUAAACACUUAUUCUCGAACGAAGAAAAAACAACAAAAAAAAAAGAAAAAAAAGAAAACGAAAAAUAUAAUUAUAAAUUCAUUUACUGCAUAACGUUAGUUUUUACUUAGGUAAUGAAUAUUUCAAAAGAAACGUUAAUAUAUAAACACUAUAUAUAUAUAUAUAUACGUACGUCUAUCGUGAGAAGCAUGUAACAUUUAAAUUAUCUCUAUUUUCCUCUCUCUUUUUUUUUUUUUUAACCAUGGUGGCCUUCGUAUAAGUGAAUAUUUAUUUCCAGAAUUAUAUAAUUUUAGAAUUAACAUCAGUAUUUUUAACAUAUCACAGAGUAAAUUAUUUAGAUAACUUUUUUCAAGAAAUCAAUGAGCAGAUAUAUUAUCAUUUUUUUUUUCUUAUUAUCUCAAGAAUUAUAUAAUUUUGGAAUGGAGAUUGAUACUUUGACACGUUCGAUUGAACGAGGGAAAAUUAUCUAGAUGAAUUUCUUCAAAAUAAAAAUCUUACAAUAAUUAUCUAUGUAAUAAUUAUUAACAAUUAUUUUCUAUUGUUAAUAUUAGUAAUUAAGAAAUGUUUAACAAACGUACAUGCUUCGCACGAUAUAUGUAAUAUUGUAGCUGGGUCUACGUUAGAUUUUGACGUACCGGCAUCAACGCUCUCGACGUUAAAUUUAUUUAUUUAUUUAUUUAUUUUUAUAUUUUUUUUUCUCGAUCAAAUCGAUACGAAAGAAGAACAUUGUUCCGAGAGAGAGAUGACAAAUAUUUAAACAAGCAAAAAAAAAAAAGAAAAAGGAAGCAAACGAACAAACGAACAAACGAACAAACAAACAAACAAACAAACAAUAUUUUACAGUUCGAUCGAUCGUCAUUCAUCAUCGUAAUUAUUCCUAGUUUUCAUAGAGACAGAAACGAUCGUAUAACAAAAAAGAUAAAAAGAAAAAAAAGAUUAGUUGUAAAGUCAAAAAAAAAAAGUAAGAAAAAAAUAAAUAAAUGAAUUAACGGUUUGAAAUGAUAAUAAUAAUAAUAAUAAUAAUAAUAAUAAUAAUAAUAAUAAUAAUAAUAAAAAUAAUAGUAAUAGUAAUAGUAAUGAUAACAACAAUAAUAAUAUUACUAAUAACAUAAAAUAAUAGUAAUAAUAAUAAAAUAACAAUAAAAUAAAUAAAAAAAAAUUGGAAAGAUUCGAGUAAGCGUUGGUGUCGACCUGGCAGAAGAGAGUAUAUAUAUACAUAUAUAUAUAUACAUAUACAUAUAUAUAUAUAUAUAUAUAUAUAUAUAUAUAUAAAACUCUAUACAGAUACAUAGAGAAGAUUGCGGUCCGCUCAAAACAACUAUCUCGAAUUGUGAUAUUCGGAGUAAUAAAUACUACAUACGUACAUAUAUAUGUAAGGAUUAAAUAAUCACGCUAAAUGUUUUUCUCUUUCCAUCUAUCGAACUACCUACCUAUGUAUCACUCUAUCUCUAUCUCUAUCUCUCUCUCUUUCUCUCUUUCUCUUUUUCUCUCUGUUUCUUUAUAUCUCUAUAUCUCUAUUCGUUUAUCUUUUUAUUACUUUUAAUUUUUAUUUAACAUUUCUUUCUUAAACGCAUUAUAAUACACACGGUGAUACAAGAUGAACUAACUAAGAGACUUGCACUUUUUGGUACCUGCAAAUGACGUUCUAAAUAUAUUUCAAGUAUUAACUACGAAUACCGUUGUUUUGGGCAAAUCGAAACAUCUUUAUUAUUAACUUAGCGAGCUAUUAGAAAGAUGAUGAUGAUGAUGAUGAUGAUGAAUUAUAAUAUUAAGAAUGUAGAAUGUAGAAUUGUAUAUGAUGGAAUGAGCGAAUGAGAGAGUUAUGUAAUAUGUAUAUAUAUACAUAUUAUACGUCUUAUAUAUUAUGUAUAUAUACACAAUUAAAUCUAAUAAUAAUAAUAAUAAUAAUAAUAAUAAUAAAAUAUUAGUAUAUUACAAAUACAUAUAUAUAUAUAUCUAUAUGUAUAUGUAUAUGUAAAUAUGUAUAUAUAAGUGUUAUGCCAAUAAAUUGACGAACGUAAUUUAUGGAUUAUAACAUGUAGAACAUUAGUAGUCAAGUUUGUUUAGGAUUCGUAUAUGAGAGAGUUAUUUAUAAAAAUAUUUUUCUCUCUCUCUUUUUCUCACUCUUUUAUCUUUCUAUAUUUUUUUUCUCUAUCUAUCAUUAUAUCUCUAUAUUUAUUUCUUAUUUUUUUAUAUUUUUCUUUCUCUCUCUCUUUCUCUCUCUCUUUCUAUCUAUCUUUUUCUCUUUCUGUCUCUCUCAUACGAAGAAAUGACACCGAAAUGAAUAAACUGCCUUUCUCGACACAUAUGUAUAAGAAAACAACUAUGUAUUAUGUACUUCAACGAUCAUCGCAGGAAAAUCGGGUUUGAGUUCGUUCAAAAAAAAAAAAAAAAAAAAAGAGAAAAAAAAAGAAAAAAGACAAAAAAAGAAAAGAUAAGGAAAUUAAUUCACAUCGAAAUUCUAUUCGUUCGACAUGUUAGGCAUAACAUUAAAUGCAAAAUGCAAAGUAGAGAUUACUACGUACUACGUACAUACAUACACACGUACACACACAGAUACACGUAUCCAGAGAGAGAAAUGUGUUGAUAUCUUUCAUUUAGUAAUUUAUAAUAAUAGUAAUAAUAAUAAUAAUAAUAGUAAUAAUAGUAAUAAUAGUAAUAGUAAUAAUAAUAAUAAUAAUAAUAAUAAUAAUAAUAAUAAUAAUAAUAAUAAUAAUAAUAAUAAUAAUAAUAUUAAUAAUAAUAAUAAUAAUAAUAAUAAUAAAGGAACGUUUUUAACGAUGGACGAUGGAACACGAAUGCGAAUAAAUUAGCAUCCGAAAGUGCCAUAAUUAUUCUCUCUAAUUAAUUUUUUAAUGUACUAAAUAUAAAACAUACAAGGUGUUUACCAUGAAACGUCCAGAUCUUUUUUUUUGAUAAUAAUAUUCCAACGUUUCAUUGUAGACAUUCUGUAAUACAGAACAUUGAUACAUGCAUACAUACAUAAAUACAUAAUUAUAUAAUUACCUACGUACGUAGUUUUAUAAAUGAUAUAAAUUAUGUUCGAUAGAGAGAAAUUCGCGUAGCAUAUGUACGUUUUUCCAAUAUUUCGACAUUUCGAAUCAUAUUCGUGUUAUCAUACAGCAUAAUCGUCUGAUUUAGACGGAGCUGUUUCUUAUAGAGAUAAUAUGAAGUAGUCAUUAGAUCGAAAAAAAAAAAAACAAACAAACCACCAAAAAAAAAAGAAAAAAUUCGAGUUAUGUAAGUAAUGUAAUAUUUGAGAUGCACAUUCGAAUGGCAUACUCAACGAAAACGUUAGCCUUACGAUUAAUGUCGUAUUCUAAAAAAAUAACUUAUUAUAAUAUAUAUAUAUAUAUAUAUAUAUAUAUAUAUAUAUAUAUAAAUAGUAUAUACUUAUAAAUUACCUAUCGUCUCGUUAGACAUAUGUAUAUCCAAAUAUACAUACAUACAUACAUACAUACAUACAUACAUACAUACAUACAUACAUACAUAUACAUACAUACAUACAAAAUAUUACAUUCUAAAAAUAUACAUUAGAGAGCAAAGUGGCACAUUUGUAUUUUUAUUAGAUAUAUAAAAAGCACAACUAUUUGUACCUAUUCAUUAUUCUCUCGGUAUGGAUCAUGCACGUUAGAGAAAACAUUUAAAUACAAGAUAAAUACAUAUAUCUGAUUGAUAUUUAAUAUAGAUGUAAGAGAUAAUCUGUGUAAUACAAACAAAAGUCACACACACACACACGCGCGAGACGAAAUAUAUUAUUCCAAAAUAUUCCUAAUGGAUUUUAGAAAUCCGAUAAAAAUACGAGGAGUCCGAGAUACCGUGCGUUUUAAUUUAUUUAUUUAUAGUAAUAGGUCACACCAGAUACACGUAAUAGAAUAUGUAAAGAAAGGAGAUGUUCGACCCAAACGAGAAUCUUUUCAACCUCUGACACAAACAUAUGCACGCACACGAACGCAUCCACCUAACUUUCCUUUUAAAUAUUUUCUUUCUUAUUACGAAAUUACGAGAUGAAAAAAAAAAAAGAAAAAAGAAAGAAGAAGAAUACAAUGACGUUCACGUAUUACGUUUUAUUACAAUAAAAUAUGCAAUAAGAUGAAAAGUGGGGAAAGAAAAAUUAGAAGACAAAAACAAGAAAGAAAAUUCACACUGGACCAUUAGUAAACGAUUAGAAAAAUGUGUUGAUGUAUAAAAGCUCAACAAAAAAAAAAAAAGAAUAGAAUGUUCUUCAAGUUUUGUUUCGUUUUUCCGACUUUUGAUUUUUCUUUUCUUUUUUUUUCUUUCUUUCUUUCUUUUUUUUUUUUUAAUUAUCAAUCUCGAUAAUUAAGAAAAAUUUCUUUUCCUUUCUCUCUUUCGACUAUAUAAUUUUAUAAAAUUGUAAAACAGAAUAUAUAAGUUAACGCGCGAUGAUAUAUAUAGGUCAGGGCGCAUUAGAGACCGCUGCUUUUAGAUGCUAUAAAAUCUGCGAGAAGAAUUAACAGAGCGUAUUAACGAGCGAUGAUAUUUUCUAGAAUAUUUUUUUCUCAUUUAAGAAACUUCAUUUCUUGCUUGAGUUCAAAGUGUCUCUGAAUUUGCGAGACGUUUUUAACUUUUACUUAACGACUACAUAUUUGAACUUAAUUUAUUACGUUUACUAUCUACAUUUUUUUCGUAUCAUAAGCAACGCGAUUUAUAAUAUUAUUAUUACUUGUUCAAUUUCUUUAUUAUAUCGUAAUAAUUAUCAUUAUUAUCAUUAUUAUUAUUACUAUUAUUCUUAUUCUUAUUAUUAUUAUUAUUAUUAUUAUUUAUAUUAAUUAUUAUUAUCGUCUUAUUGGUAUUAUUAAUAAUUUUGUAUAAAAAUGUUGCGAAUAUCUGUUAUUAAACGAUCGAGAAAACAGCAAUGUUCUGUCGAAUGAUUUAGAUCGUAAGUAAAUGAAAGAAAAAGAAAGAAUGGAAAGAAAAAAAAAUAAAAAGUUAUUAAGGAAAAAACAACUAAAUGCUAUUAAGUUCCUUCGACGAUUAUAUUUUUAAUUUUUUAAUUUAUUCCAUUUACGAUCUGAAUUUUUCGCACGUCACGAGCAACGUAAUUUUUGUAUCGUGAUAAUUGUAAUUACUAUUAUUCUUUAUAUUUAUUAUUAUUAUUAUUAUUAUUAUUAUUAUUACUAUUAUUAUUGUGUUAAUAAUGAUCCAUAAAAAUAUUGCAAAUAUUUGUUAUUAAACGAUCAACGAAACGACAAAGUUCUAGAUCGUAAGUGAAUGAAUGAAUGAAAAUGAAUGAAAAAGAAAGAAAAGAAGAUAUGGUAAAAUCCAUUAUCAUCGAAGGCAUUGAAUGAAAAGUUUUAAUCAGUAUAAGACCGAAAAUAUCUACGCCUUUGAUUAUCAACGUAUUAUGUUUAUACGUUAUAUAUAUGACCUACGACACACAUAGUAAUACUUAUAUCAUUCAUGAUAAAUGAAGCGAAUUACCUUGUUUUCAUACUAACGCAUACACGCGUGCACUAAUCUUUUACUUUUUUCUGUAUUACGUAUAAUUCUUUCUGUAAGUUUACUUACUGAUGUGUGUCAAUUUAAAUAGACGAUAACAUAUCGUCGCUGAUACGGAUUUAUCGAUCAUGACUGUUUAGAAAAAAAAAGACAAUGAAAAAAAAGAAAAAAAAUAAAAUGAAGAAAAAAAGCAAAAAAGGAAAAGAAAAAACGGACGAUAAAACAAUAAAAUGAUAUUAAUAAUAAUAAUAAUAAUAAUAAUAAUAAUAAUAAUAAUAGUAAUAGUGAUAAUACUAAUGAUAAUGAUAAUAGUAAUAAUAAUAAUAAAUUGAAUGAAAAUUGUGAAAAAUGUCGCGAUGUCGUUAUAACGGGAAAUUAAUUAUUAUUGCUUGAUACCAUCUCUAUGCCACCGUGCCUUCCAUCGAAAUGUUGCUCAAUGAUCGAAACCGUUUAACAGCUCUUUCAAUCAUUAUAAUUUAUUUUUGUCAUGUUACAUCUUACAUCUUUGUAUUCAGAAAGAGAGAGAGAGAGAGAGUGUGUGUAUGUGUAAUUAAAAAAAAAAAAAAUAAUAAUAAUGUCGAUGAAUCUUUUACUGAUCUUCGAGCAGACAGUCCGUUUAUUUUUACAUUUUUUUUCGAUAUGAAGUUCAUUAUAAGAAAAAAAUUAAAAAUAAGAAAAUAAACAUAAAUAAACGAUAAAUGAAUGAAUAAAUCAAUAAAAAUGUUACGGAGAGCUCAUUAAUCGUUAGGAAAAUAUAUGCACUUUUUUUAUUUUGAUUUUUAAUUUUACUGUUUACGAAAUGCUCGAAGAUCAAAGAACUUGUCGUUCGGGAGUACAGUGAUUUCUUUUCUUUCCUCCUUUUUUUUUCUUUUUUCUUUUUUUUUUUUCUUCUAAAUAUCAAUGACACGAAAGGAUCGUUCGAUUUGAUUAUACGAAGGAAAUAUUUAAACAUGAAAAAAGAUGUUCUUUCGAGAGAUUUUAUUACAUCACACAAACAAUACACUAACUCUAGAAUUUUAUUCUCUUUCACAAUAAAGAGAAGAAAAGAAAAAAGAAGAAAAGAAAACAAGAAACGAAGAAUGGUAAAAAUUUAUUGUGUUCUCUCUGUUAUUUACUCAGAUAUGUAUGUCCAAAAAACGAGCUUUAAAAAUGAUCGCCAAAAAGGGACGCGCAUUAACGAGAGUCUGUAAUAAAGAGAUUAAAAGUUUCCGAAAUAAAAGUCUAAAGAAA